AUGUCUGAUACUUUUUUACAAGACAGUGAAGUUCUAGAAAAUAAUAAAAACAAUGAACAAUGCCUUUCCACUGAAACUGAUUCUCUAACUGAAAAGGAAAUAAACAAAUCUGAUACAAACGAGUCACUUGAGCAGAAUACUUAUUGUGACAAAAAUAUUUUCAUAGAACCUGUGGUUAAAACAGAAAACAUUUUCACAGAUUUAAUGAAGCCACAAAAGAAAACAAAUAGUGAAAUUAAUUUUUCAAUGAGAGUACAGUGCGAAGAAUGCGGAAAAGAGGUAUGCAAUAAAUAUUUUUUAAAAAAACAUAUGAAAAACCGCCAUGGAAUAUCAAAGGAGAAUAUUUUCAAUCAAGAAAUAGUAAAUAGUCCGAAUAAUAAUUUGGAGUGCCAGUCUGUUGAGUUUGACACGAUAAAAAUGAUCAACAAGAGUAAAGACAUGGAUAAUGGAAAUUAUAUAAUAAACAUGAACGGAGUCCAAAAAAAAACAAUUUAUGCGACUGCAAAACUAUACAAUAUAACUACGUAUAACUUUAAAAAGGUAUACAAUUGCAAUAUGUGCGGAAUUCAAACAAAACAGUUAACUACAAUUAUAUUUCAUUUGGCAACAAUUCAUUUUGAAAAAAUUCAAUCAGUUUUAUCAAAAAGUGAAAAAAAUGAUGCAAGUGAAGAAAUUACUGGACAUUUGCAGAAUUUCUUAAUCAGUGAGGACUAUUCAGAUCGUAUUGUUACACCAUCAAAAAUAAAAAUGAAUGUUAGAAAAAUUGUAAGUGAACCCACGUACUUCACUUUCAAACUACAUCCCUGUGAUUAG